AUGAGUAGAAGGGUGGAGGACUUGUCUCUGACCCUGCUGCGGGGAGGAAGGCUAGGGCCACAGUCCCUGCCCCCGGACCUGCCAGAUCUGGAUCCCGAGUGCCGGGACCUGCUGCUGGACUUCGCCAACAGCAGCGCGGAGCUGACGGGGUGUCUGGUGCGCGGCGCCCGGCCGGUGCGCCUCUGCCAGACCUGUUACCCCCUCUUCCAACAGGUCGCCAGCAAGAUGGACAACAUCAGCCGCGCCGUGGGGAAUACUUCAGAGAGUCAUAGUUGUGCCAGAAGUCUUUUAAUGGCAGAUAGAAUGCAAAUAGUUGUGAUUCUGUCUGAGUUCUUUAAUUCCACAUGGCAUAAGGCAAAUUGUGCAAAUUGUUUAACGAACAAAAGUGAAGAAUUAUCAAUUAGCACGUUAAACUUCCUCAAUCAAUUUAAUAACACCUUGACCUGCUUUGAGCAUAACCUUCAGGAGAGCAUACACAGUCUUCUGCAGUUAAGAAAUUAUUCAGAAGUAUGCAAAAACUGUCACAAUGCGUACAAAACUCUGAGUAGUAUGUACAGUGAAAUGCAAAAAAGGAAUGAACAUGAGAAUAAGGCUGAACCUGGAACACAUUUAUGCAUUGAUGUGGAAGAUGCAAUGAACAUUACUCGAAAACUUUGGAGUCGAACUUUCAAUUGUUCGGUCCCUUGCAGUGAUACUGUGCCUGUAAUCGCUGUUUCUGUGUUCAUCCUUUUCCUACCUGUGGUCUUCUACCUUAGUAGCUUUCUUCACUCAGAACAAAAGAAACGAAAACUCAUUCUACGUCAGAGGGUAAAUCCAGUCCCUCUUACUCCAUCAUGGCUGAAAGCAGAAGUCCUACAGGCUCCUCAGAUCUGCCCUGAAAAAGCUUAAACGAAAGCAUUGGGAGGAUCAAACUCAAGUAACUUAGCUGCAUGUCAGAAUAUAUCAAAUCCAGUGUCCCGCAAUGUAAAAUUCACAAUGUCUGUCAUCUAGGAAAAAUGACCAGGCAUAUGAAGAAGCAGGAGAAGAUGGCCCACACCCAGGAGAAAAAUCAACCAAUAGAGACAGAUCCAGAAAUGACAGAGGUGAUGGAAUGAGCAGACGAAGAACUUAAAAUAUCUAUUGUAAAUUGUGAGGAUGUAGAGGAAAACAUGUUGAGGAGAGAUAUGAAAGUUCCUUAUUUUAUAAAGAACCAGAGACUUGGA